AUGAGCGGAUCUACAGACUGGACUACAUCCUUGGUUUCCGGUGGAAAGCCAGCAUUUCUCCCAAACUCCCGUGCUGCCUCCACCGUGUUCUCGGCCGAUGGCCGCCAUUGCAUCGUUCUCCUAUCUCAUCAACUUCGAGUCUACUUCAUUUCUACCCGUCAGUGCAUUAGAGCCAUAGAAUGUGAUGCCACCGAUGUAGUGGAUUUCAAGCUCGACACCACUCACAAUCACCGUGUUCUUCUUUUUAAAGGUUACGGCGAGGUCGUAAUGGUCAAUUGGAGAGACAAGAUAACAGUGCCAAUAGUUGGAAAACUUGACUUAGAAGUUGAAGCUCCUAUACUUAGUGUGAUUCAGGUGACCGAAGAUGCAUUUUAUACUGUCAACGGUAAGAAGGACAAGAAGGGAACUGCGCAGAACAGAAGCAUUCACAAGAUUGACCGUAACUCCUUGGAAAUAACUCCAUUGAAAGAAAUUGAAAACUCCACCAGAUUUAGCAUAUCCUUAGAUGGAAGCAAGAUUGCGUUUGUGAAUGAGGAGCAUGAAAUUUAUCUUGUGAAUUUUGAGCUUGUCGAAGCUGAAAAUUCACUUGCGUCGAUCAAUUUAACCACCGAACGUAUCAAAUUUCCAUUCAAAGCACCAGUCACAUCCAUGGCCGUGUCCAAUGACUCCAUAAUAGCUCUCGGUACUGUCAGUGGAACAAUCCAAUUAUUAUACGGGGGACUUAUUGUUGAUAAGCCUCAACGUCUUUUCAAAUGGCAUAAUGAUCAAGUCAAAUCUUUGCAGUUCACUCCUGAUAAUGCUUACUUGUUGUCGGGUGGUUUAGAAAAGGUUUUAGUAUUCUGGCAAUUAGAGACUGAAAAGACCCAGUUCUUACCAAGAUUGAACGGUACCAUAGAUAAAAUUUCCAUUGACAAUGUGAAGCCUGACUAUUACGAAUUACUCUUGAAGGUUUCUGGCGAUGAGGAGGAACAGGAAAAUACUUACGAAGUUUUAGUCUUGUCGGCGGUGGAUUUGGUUUCCAGAUUAUCCGUUAACAGCAUUAGACCAAAGUUCACCAAUUCGAUAAAGUCCACUUUGUCCAAAUCGAAGAAGAAGUUUUCCAAGGCACAAUUUGAUGUUUCCAAACUCAGGUAUGAUUACUCCAGUAUUUUCGAGGUCCAUCCCAAAUCAAAGAACUUAUAUUUCCCAAACUCCUCAAUUGUGCAAGCGUAUGAUUUGGUCAAGAACGAGCAAAGCUUUAUCCAAAAUGCAGCUUCUACAGUUUCUACAGGAAAAGUCAAAUCCGAAACUAAAUUGGCAGACCCUGAGAUCACUAGCAUUAGUUUCACUAAGGAUGGUGAAUGGAUGUGUACCUUUGACAGUAUUUUAACCUCGGACUUCGACAACUUAUUAUCCAAGGGUGACAAACAGUAUGCUUUGAAAUUCUGGAAAUAUGUGGAACCAAAAGGUUCAUCUAAUGUUAAGUCUACAGCAAACGGUAACUGGGAGCUAACCACCAAGAUUAUUGACCCUCAUGGAUCAAACCCAAUCAUUUCCAUCAUUCCUUCACCAGUGUCCUACUACAAUGGUCAAGCAUUUGUGACUGUAGAUAGCAAAGGAUCCUUAAGGUUGUGGAGACCAAGAACUACUAAGGAGUUCACUGCUAAGGCUGAAAGACUGACUCAAACUGCAUGGACCUUGAGAAAAUCGAAACUUGGAGGUUCUUUGGCUUCAAGUUCAAUUGAUAUCUGUUGGUCUGAUGAUGGAUCAUUACUCAUUUUAGGGCAUGAAUCCUCAAUUUCUGUCAUUAACGUUCAAACCUUCGAACCGGUCAAAUUCAACAUUCCAGCCAUCUCGGGAUCUCCUAUUAGGUCAUUGUCCAUCUUGGACAACAAUCUUAUCGUGUUAUCCAAGACCAGACUUUGUUCAUUCAAUCUCUUGACUGGUGAAAUGAAUGAAUUAUAUGCUAAAGUUAACACCACGAGUGGUGGAAGAAACUUAAUCACUAUUGACCCACUCAACAAAUUGGUAUGUUUAGCACUCAACUAUUACAACACUGAACCAGAUUUCUCCAUCAAGUCCAAGAUUUUGAUUUUCAAUCCUAAUCAAAUUAAACCAAUUUAUUCGUCUGUCCACAACCAGGGUAUUUCUUCUAUCAGGCAUUUCAAUUCGUCAUUUAUUUUUGUUGAUUUGGACUCUAGAGUCGGGGUUGUACAACCUUCAAAUGUCACUGAAACGGAACAAGAGGAAACCUUCGAUUUGACAUCCGACAUGAACAAUAUGUUGAUAAAUGCCCAAGCAACUGCUGAUGUCAUAAAUAAUAGAAAUGUUCAAAUCAAACUGAGUGGCAUCAAUGGUCACAAUGAAAAAUUAGAUGACGUUGAAUUUAAUAGAAGUCUUGAUCUCAAUACUUUCCAGCCAAUUUUCGAAAACGUUGAAGGUAUCCAAAUCGAGACCUUGUUUGAUAGAAUUAUCAAGGUUAUAAAGUAA